GCGCGCCUUACACGCGAUGCAUGCGGGAACUUAGCGGGACAACGCGCGCGGGCCUCAUGGGCACCGUGCUGAGCUUCAGCCCGCGAGAGCGGCGCCCGCCCACCGCCGCGCCGCCGCCUGACCGUGCCGCCCUAGCCUACUCCUACGAAAGACUCAACAACGCGAAGAACAGGGAAAACCGCGAACUCACGCGAGAUGAACGGCGAGCUACCCUCGACGAUGCCGCCAAAAUCAUUUCCGAGAAAACGGCCCUCGAGAAAAACCUCAAGAAACACUCGCUGUUCAUCAAUGCACUCUCGUGGAAGAGAUUCUCCACCGCCAACAACAACAAGAAGAAGUUGGAAUGCAAGAGCAAGAGCGUGACGACGUUCAGAGCGCCGCUGACUGACAAUGUGCCGCUCGAUAGGAAUAAGAAUGUCAGCGUCGGGGGCGCGAUAUACACGCGGGCCCCCGUGGUGCCCCCGCCGACGGAGGUAGCGCGGACCAAUGCCCUCAACAAUAACGUGUGUUACACGGAGAAGUUGCCCACAACUGCCGUCGGGACUGCCCCGGUGGUGGCGCCGAGGAAGACGGUGAUACAAGCCUCUACCUCGGAAUUGCUCAAGUGCCUGGGGAUGUUCCUCCAUUCGCGAUGUCACCGUCUAAGGGACUUCCAAGCGGGAGAUGCUGUGAUGUGGCUGCGGACGGUGGACCGUUCAUUGCUACUCCAAGGCUGGCAGGACGUGGCGUUCAUCAAUCCAGCUAAUGUGGUCUUCGUCUACAUGCUGGUCCGGGAAUUAGUCGACGGGGAGAGGAUAGCUCGGCCACAGGAGCUCCAAGCCGUCGUCUUGACAUGUCUCUACCUCUCAUACUCCUACAUGGGCAACGAGAUCUCCUACCCCCUCAAACCUUUCCUCGUCGAGGACUCCAAAGAUAAAUUCUGGGACCGCUGCCUCUUAAUCGUCGAUAGACUGUCUUUUAACAUGUUAAGAAUCAAUUCCGAGCCGGGUUUCUUCACCGAGGUGUUCACGGAAUUAAAGGCUUGUGGGGCUAUUGAGAGCCCUCCCCCCGCACCGCCCCACCCCGCCCCCGCACCCCCGCACGCCUUAACGGCUGCCUGACAUACAGAGGUCGCUGUCUUGAGGCUAGCGUUGACAGACAGGCCCAGCCGUGUUUGAUGUCGGCUUCUAACUGCUGAGAGUCUUGGUCGAUCGGCGAUUGGCUACGAAUGGUCUUAUAAUCGCGUUGCAAACAUUUAAUACUUACAAAUAAAGUCAAGUUAAAUACACUUAGGCAAUGCAACCUUCGUGAGUAGUAUUUGUUUGAGAAAUGGAAAAGAUUUGGUCUUUGCACUGUUAAAUGUUGCCAUAUGGUAUAUUCUUAAUGUUGUGGUAAAAUUCGUUUGGUUGAUAAAUCCAUUGCUACGAAAAUACUACGUUCUACGCCGUAGCAAUACUCAGUGUGAUGUUGUAAACUACAUUCGUCGAUUGACCAUAGACCCGAAGCAGUAUAUUAAUUUGAUCAAAACGCAUAUUUUAGCGUCUCGAUGCAAUUUCAAGUUAAUUGUGAUAAAAAUAAUGAAAGAGCUAAUUAAAUAGCGAAUUUAUAAGUAAUGAUGAUCCUCAAAUCAUUAACGAAUGAGAAUGAAUGACCUAAGUCCCAGGAGUCACGUAUGUGUAUGUAUAUAUUGUUAAUACAUAUGUAUUAAACGUAAUAAUGGACUUAUUGUUAAAGUUGUGUAUUAAAAAUCACAUUAAGUGUUUCUGCAGUAAAUACAGACAGUAUUUCAUUAGGUAUUUUUAAAUUUGUGUUUAUCUUUAAUACUGUGCGUAUUUUAAUAUGUAUAAUAAUUGUAAUACUGUGGUAUAAAUCAUUUACUAAUAUGAAUUAUGAACAACAAUGUCAACAUACGUUUACCUGGGACCUUUAAUAAUUCCAUACAAGUGCAUUAGUAUCUUCUUGUAGUUACGUAUUCAUGUCUAUACAAUACUCUAGGUAAUAUCUGAUUGUCAUGUUAACGUGAACAGUCUUAGUCCAAUAGAUCAGCGGUUAGCCAAUAAGAGUUUCGUGUAGUAGAAGAAUCGUAUUGAAAGUUAGUUAGAUAAUAGGAAAAAGCAGGCGGGGGGGUUGCAAUAAGGCUCCGGAUAUCCGGUCAAGUCCUUCAGAUAAAAGUACGUACGACCGGCUCAAAGCACGUUCCGUCUUCAAGUGCUAAUUCUAGUGGGAGAAAGGUGUGGUAUCGCAUUUUGCCAUCUCUUUGUUCUUUUAACAUUCGUUUUAAAAGGCGUUAUUUACAUUACCCAAGAUCAAUUAGCACUUUCGGACGGGGGUCUAAGUUAAAUAUAGGUCAAAUUUUGCGAUGUUUUGUACAGAUAACGUUAAAAUAAGUACUUAAGUAUAGUCUUUUAAAAGAUUAUUUCCCAAAACAAGUCUUGAGAUCAUUUGUUCUAUGGGAACUAAUGUUUUAAAGGCGAUUCGAUAUAAUUGCUUCGAAUGGCACUCGGGGUACUCAAAUAGUCUAACAGCUUAUAGAAGAAUUUAGGACGGAUAGAAAUUACGUACUAGAAUCUAAUUAUAGCCAAUUACAUAAUUAAAACAUAUACCAAGUAAAACGAGCUAUUAAAACCUAUACGAUAUUAUUCACGUCAAUAAACGGUUGAUGAACGGUAAUUUAAAUUUUGUCCAAAAUCCGCCGAGUGCCAAUGACAUCUAGUCAUUUUAACACUAAGUAAUAAUAGAAUCUCAGUUAAACUCAUAAUUGUUCGUGUAAGGUAGUUGAUUGUAUGUAUUGUUUCGUGUAUUUUUUUGUUAUUAGCGUAAUGAUAAGGUUAAUAUUAGUAUUAUGCUGCACAUUUCGUUGGUAUCUACAUCUCUCUGGAUUUAAUAACAAUUUUAUAAAGAAUUUAGAGUUGAGGUAUCUUAGAUCGAGUACUGAAAGUAACAUUAAAUUUAUUUCAGGCGACUAGCAAAGCUUGAACAUAGACAAAAUAAAAAUGACAUCUCUUUUGGUCUUUUUGAAAAUAGAAUAAAAGUUAGCUAAUUAAUAAUAAUUGACAUUCUGUUGAGUUAAGAACUAUCUUGAAAAGAAUUCUAGGUUGAGAUACAGAGACGAAGUUUCACCAUCGGACGUCAAGGCAGAAUACAAAAUAACAUCCGUAUCUACUUGACGUCCGUCGUUCCACAACUGAGCGUUUCUUAAGGUAGUUUUUGCCGCGCUAAAAAAAAGGGUGACAUUCAGAAACAAGAUUUGGCGCGAGCUUUGACGUAAGGGAGUCAGCCUUAGCUAUAAAUCGUUUCUGGAUCUUAUCCACAGCGCUAAGUGCUCCAUGAAAUAUAUGCGGGAGGGACCUGCUUUUUGUUGGUAAAGCUUGUGUAAUACCAAAAUAAUGACAUUAGAUGUCGUUUACGUCUUAUUCAUUUGAUAAUGAUACAUAAACUACACUCAUGGUCUGGUUCAUGUAAUCUUUCAGGAAAUAAAGCUGUUCAACACGUCUAGAUUAAGACUAAAUGUUAGGUCAGUAAUCUAAAACGUGAAUUAUUAGUCUAAUCUAGAUUUCUGCAUUUUGUCUGGAAAGAGGUCGUUUUUGUUUCCAGCGUUAAGAUACGUUUUCGAAUGUUCAAUGUUAAAAGUUUUGAUAUUUGACUGUUUUGUAAGUGUACUCAAUGGGUAUCGACUCAAAAUCAAAUCAUGCUGUGAUUAGCAUACAAAGUAAUCUACCGAUCGAAACACCGCUACGAGUCUGCAGCUGUGAGAUGGAGCUGUGAGUUCGAAGUUUUGAGGAUGGUUUUUGACCAAAAUGUCCAAUUCGCUUCUAAUUAUUUUCCAGGUGUAAUUCUUAUAAUAUGUAGAAACGAACGAAUAUAGUUAAGUAAUUAUCUGUACAUUCCAAUUAAUAAAAUAUAAGUCUGUUAAGCUCACCAUUAAAAUUGUGUAUUACUUCUCAAAUGUAAUUCUAAAGGUUUGACGAAUUUAUAUGGAAUAGUCACGUGAAAUCUGGCCAAGUUGUAUGCCGAGACUAUUGUGUUUGUGAUCACGCUUGUCGCAAAAUUAUUUCGUCUAAGACACCUGAGACCUUAGCACGAACGGUAAGAUAAUAUCGUCAUGUAUUUGUAUAAGUUGCAACACAUAUUCUAAAAACGAUGUUGUUUAUAUCCAAAUAAAGAGCGUUACUUAAGUUUUACAUACAAAUAUCUUUUACGAUGGCUAUUCGAUUUUGUUCGUGCUAGGCUCUAAGCUAUAUAAUGAUCUGUUAGUGCAAUAAACAAAAAAAAUAAGCAAUGUUGAGACCUACAAGUGUGAAUACGUUAGUAAUUAAAAUGGUACAAUGAAAACUUCUUUUCUCAUACUCACAUUUGUUAUUACCAUUCUGUAAAUAUACCAAAUUAUUAAAAAAGUUUCGUAUAUACAA